AUGGAUCGGCAGGAAGAAGGUACCACCUUAAUUCCUUCACAAAAGGCUGCAGGAGAGCCGAGAAGUUCAAUGAUAUCUGCGUCUUUUAAUUUCAUCAAUUCCAUUAUAGGAUCUGGAAUAAUAGGUUUGCCAUAUGCACUGAGCCAGGCAGGGCUCCCCUUGGGCCUUCUGCUUUUGAUAGCUGUCGGGUUCAUCACAGAUUACUCCAUAAUCUUGCUAAUCAAAGGAGGCAACCUGUCAGGGACAAACAGCUAUCAGGCACUGGUGCAAAGCACAUUUGGUUUCCCUGGAUUUCUGAUUUUAUCUGGACUGCAGUUCCUUUAUCCUUUCAUUGCUAUGAUUAGCUACAACAUCACAACUGGUGACACGCUGACCAAAGUAUUUCAGAGAAUACCAGGAGUUGGUCCAGAUCACAUACUUGCAGAGCGUCACUUUGUGAUUGUGCUGAUAACCGUUGCGUUCACGCUGCCGCUCUCGCUGUAUCGAAACAUAGAGAGGCUUGGGAAGGUUUCCUUCCUGUCAAUGGUGCUGACACUCACCAUCCUCAUCAUUGUAAUCAUCAGAGCAGCUACCUUUGGACCUCAAAUCCUCCCGACAGAGGACGCGUGGGCUUUUGCAAAGUGGAAUGCAAUUCAGGCAGCUGGUAUAAUGUCUUUCGCCUUUAUAUGCCACCACAACAGCUUCCUCAUCUAUGGUUCUCUGGAUCAGCCCACACUGGCUAAGUGGUCCAGGAUCACCCACGUGUCCGUAGGCUCUGCUCUGAUAUUCAGUGCUGCAUUUGCUGUUGCUGGCUACACCACCUUCACUGGCUACACGCAAGGAGACAUAUUUGAGAACUACUGCAGAAAUGAUAACCUGGCAACAUUCGGCCGCUUCUGUUUUGGCCUCAGCAUAAUAACCACAUUUCCACUGGAGUGUUUUGUUACACGAGAGGUGGUAUCCAAUGUCAUCUGCAGUAGAGAGCUUUCAAAAGCUGAACACGUGCUCAUAACGUUGCUCAUAGUUGCAGUUUGCACGUCGAUGUCUUUGGCCUUCGACUGCCUGGGGGUUGUUUUGGAGCUGAAUGGCGUUCUGAGCGCCACACCUCUGAUCUUCAUCAUUCCAUCUGCAUGCUUCCUCAAACUCUCCAGCGGCCGCUGGUUCCAGGCUGAAAACUUGAUACCCAUCGUCUUGAUAUUAAUCGGCCUGUUUGUCAUGAUCACCGGUUUGAUCAUGACUGGCCUCUACCCUCAAGACUGUUCACACGGUAUGGAGAUGUUCUACUGUGCAGACGCCAAUGUCUCCAGCACCACACCACCAGUAUGA